UUUAUCGUGAUCGAAAACGACGGUCAGACUAUUGCCGCCAAAAGUGAUUAAAAACAUUUUAGCAUUGUUUAAAGAUUCUUUCGUGUGGAAACUAAAAGUUUUUUGGCAUCGAGUGCUUAAUUGGCAGCUCUGAUACAAGCUGAAGCGUGCGCGGCAUACGAAAUGAGCAGUGAUAAAGUGAAAAACGGCAACGAUGACUCCGACGACUCAUGUGGCGAUGAGUCGGCCAGUUAUACGACCAAUAGCACCACAUCGCGCAGCAAGUCGCCAUCCGCCUCCAGCACACGGAGCAAACGGCGUGGACGCCGGAGCACCAAAUCCUCAAAGCCAAAGAACCGGGCGGCCUACAAAUACGACACACACGUAAAGGAGAACCACGGAGCCAACAUUUUCGGCGUGGCCUUCAAUACUUUACUGGGCAAGGAGGAGCCCCAAGUAUUUGCCACUGCCGGCAGCAAUCGGGUGACUGUCUACGAGUGUCCGCGCCAGGGAGGAAUGCAGCUGCUUCACUGCUAUGCCGAUCCAGAUCCGGAUGAAGUUUUCUACACCUGUGCUUGGUCCUACGACCUGAAAUCCUCAGCGCCGCUCUUAGCUGCGGCUGGAUACCGCGGUGUGAUCCGUGUCAUCGACGUUGAACAGAACGAAGCGGUAGGAAACUACAUCGGACAUGGACAAGCCAUCAACGAGCUCAAAUUCCAUCCACACAAGCUACAGUUGCUUCUUUCGGGCAGCAAAGAUCAUGCUAUUAGGUUGUGGAAUAUCCAGACCCACGUCUGCAUCGCCAUUUUAGGUGGAGUCGAGGGACAUCGCGACGAGGUGCUAUCCAUAGACUUUAAUAUGCGCGGUGAUCGAAUCGUGUCCAGCGGUAUGGAUCAUUCGUUGAAGCUGUGGUGCCUGAAUACCCCCGAGUUUCAGCACAAGAUCGAGCUGUCCAACACGUUUAGCCAAGAGAAAUCCACUUUGCCGUUUCCCACUGUCACAAAGCAUUUCCCAGACUUUUCCACGAGGGAUAUACACCGGAACUAUGUGGACUGUGUUCAAUGGUUCGGCAACUUUGUGCUGUCCAAGUCCUGUGAGAAUGCCAUUGUCUGCUGGAAGCCGGGACAACUGCACCAGAGCUUCGAGCAGGUGAAGCCGAGCGAUUCAUCCUGCACCAUUAUUGCAGAGUUCGAAUACGAUGAGUGUGAAAUAUGGUUCGUUAGAUUUGGUUUUAAUCCCUGGCAGAAGGUGAUUGCUCUUGGAAACCAGCAGGGCAAUGUAUACGUUUGGGAGCUGGAUCCCAGUGAUCCGGAGGGCGCCCACAUGACCACACUGCAGAACCUGCGCAGUGUCUCAACAGUACGUCAGAUCGCCUUCUCACGAGAUGCCAGUGUCCUUGUUUACGUGUGCGAUGAUGCUACGGUCUGGCGAUGGAAUCGCAGACAAGCAACCGCUCUCUAAUGAACACAUUCUAAGUAACCACGCACACCAAAUCUCAUGUGGCCAAAACUUACUACAUUUCCCCCAAACUAGUUCCUAAGAAAUACAACUAAGAACUUUUGCAGUUCAAAGUUUCCAAAAAAGAAAA